UCGUGUAUGUGUAGUGUAUUUUGGCGACGUAAAUACUUACAAUGCUGAGAAAAAAUUGGUUCGGUGGGGUAUUCAAACCCAAAAAUCUUCAUUCGUUGGAGCAUUUGAGAUACUUGUACUCAGUUUUAAGCAAAAACCAAGUUGUUUCUGAAAGCAACCGGGGGCUGCUAGUGGAAACUCUCCGUUCUAUUGCUGAAAUUUUGAUAUGGGGCGAUCAAAAUGAUUCCUCUGUUUUUGAUUUCUUCCUGGAAAAGCAGAUGCUGUCAUUUUUCUUGCGCAUCAUGAAGCAGAAGUGUGGCAGCUAUGUUUGUGUACAGCUUCUGCAAACUCUAAACAUCUUAUUUGAAAACAUAAGAAAUGAGACAUCACUUUAUUACUUGCUGUCAAACAACCAUGUCAACUUCAUAAUUGAACACAAAUUUGACUUCAGUGAUGAAGAAGUUAUGGCCUACUACAUAUCAUUUCUCAAAACACUUUCUUUCAAACUUAACAGUCACACUAUUCAUUUUUUCUAUAAUGAACACACAAAUGACUUCCCUCUCUACACGGAAGCCAUCAAGUUUUUCAAUCACCCAGAGAGUAUGGUUCGGAUCGCUGUGCGCACCCUCACUCUCAAUGUGUACAGGGUCAAUGAUCAGUCCAUGCUUCAGUUCAUCAGAGACAAAACUGCUGUUCCAUAUUUCUCCAACUUAGUGUGGUUCAUUGGCAACCAUAUUCUUGAGCUAGAUGCUUGUGUUAGAGAUGAUAUUGACCAUGACAGUAGGGACCGUCUCUCAGCACUAGUCGCAGAGCAUCUCGACCACCUUCACUACCUCAACGAUAUCCUGCAGCUGCACAUCACACCUCUGAACCACCUCUUAGCCCACCAUCUCCUGCACAGACUUCUCUUGCCUCUAUUGGUCAACUCUCUCCUGCCUGCUGAUUCGCCUCUGCAUAGAAUGGUGGAGCAACGUCGCUUGACUUCAGACUUCCUCUUGGACUCGGCCAGUGAAGGCAGUCCAUCGAAUCCUGCUGCACGGCGAGCUAGAGUGCCGCGCGUAAGCAAGGUGGUUGCCCUGUUUCUGUUGGCACAAGUGUUCCUCAUCCUCGCCUUCCCUCCACUCCUGAAAACCCUGGCCAGAUCUCUGCUGCAUGCUGGAGCUUCACUACUAAAUCAUUAUAACAAGAGUUUGUGCCCGUCGUUGACGGGGUUCGUAGCGCCCAAGGAGAGCCUGGAGAAGUCGCUGCUGAGCCACGGCGUGUCGAGCCCUUGUCGUGCGCGUCUUGCCCGACGGAGGGGCGACUUGUCUCCUGCUGGGGAUGAACAAGAACCCCAGGUGUGUGAGCAGGGAGUGGAGGCUGAUGCAUCAACUGCAGUCAUGGAGGUGGACACAAGCUUAGAAACGUGCAAGUCAGAAGCAGAUCUGACCGCAGAGCUUCAAAGCUCCCUUAACAUUACGGACGAAGAGAAGCAACAAAUGUUGGCUUACCAACUACCGCCCUGCUGUCUGGACGCGAGAUGGAGGACAGGGACGGCGGAGGAGGACUUGUCGUCCCGUCCCUUCCUGCAGUCCGUGCUGGACGCCCUCAACUGCAGGGACAGCGACUACACCGCCCUCUUCUCCCUCUGUCUGCUCUACGCCCUCGCACAUAAUGCUGGUUUCAGCGACCCCGAUGGAUCCAAUGUCUCUAGCCAAUCGGAACACAAUUUCAAGAGAUACAAUCCUGACCCUAGAGACAAUGAAAUUCUCGAUCCUAUUCCCAGCCAGUUAUCCGCAUCCACAAACCUAAAUCCUAAUAUUGACAGCCAGAGUUCUGAUAUGCCUUCGAAGCCAUCACAUGUAAAUCCUGAUCGCGAUACAAACUCGGGAGUCUCACAACGUAACUCCGUCCGUUCAAACGAAGUGAACAAUGUUGUUGACAACACAUACGUGCCGUUGAACAUCAAGACUGGGCUAGAAGCGCCCUCUGGUGGAGAAGACGAUGUUGCAUCGUCAUGUAGUCGCGAUGAUCUGGAGGGAGAUCCUGGGAAAUCUUCAUCAUCUGAAUAUCAUUCUGGUGCUGAAGGUUAUGGACCUGCGGAUGGCAGUGAUAGCAGCGACCAUUGUAGCUCGCAACAUCGCAGAGAAGCUUCAGUACUUAAUAAAUUAUUAAUGAAUGACGCCAAAUCUGAUGGAGGUUUAAAGAAACCUGGUUACAGUGGAGGUAAAGACGCUACACGUGAUGUAGGCUUACAAGGAAGUGAUAAUGAUGGAGGAACAGGCGAGCGAAGUGUCGGCAUUGGGGAGGGAAAUCACCGAAAGUUGAGCGCCACUGCAAGCGUACGGCGGUCGUCCGACCAAGUAGCAGACGGUGUCAAUGAACCACCUGGCUGCGUUAACGUACCAGCUGCUGGCGUCAAUAUACUAGCUGACGGAGUAAACGUAUCAUCUGGCAGCGUCAACGUACCAGCUGGCAGCGUCAACGUAUCAGCUGGCAGCGUAAACGUAUCAGCUGGCAGCGUCAACGUAUCACCUGGCUGCGUCAACUCACCAGCUGGCGGUGCUUCGUACAAUUCACUUCUGGUGGAUAAGAUGCUACACGUGAUCUCUCUGAGCACACAGUACAACAGCAAAGUGCGGGUCGUGACCCUUGAAAUAGCCAUCCAUGUCCUGAAGCAAGUCGUGGGUCUCACCAGCCCUGCUGAGCACUGCAGGGACCACCAGCCGCCCCCCUUGUGUAAUGGCGUGACUAACCAAGAUUCUGAUGCGGAACGGAUACGGUCGCGAGAAAACAGCUCGGUAAGAGAAUCUGACAAUUCAAGACUUGAAGAAGAUCCUCAGCCUUCCGCUGCCUCCAUCGUAUUCUCCGCCUCGUGUUCUUGUCCUGAAGCCUCAGGCGAAGGUCCCUGCACUUCAUGUAGCGCCCUCCCGAAGGCGACCGUCUCCUCUCCAUGUCACCGGAAAGAUUCCAGUGUUCCAAGUUACGUUGGCAGUGAAAAUAAUUUUCAAGCGUCCGCAAAUACGUCGUCUUGUGACGCCAAUGAGAUUAUUGAUCUAAAAAACAAGGUUAGCGACAGUGACCUUGGCGUUGCAGUAGAAGAACGGCCGUCUCGGUCGCGUGGGAAGAACCGUCCGUCCCGUCCUGUGUCUGGCAAUAAAGCUUUGUUGUCUGACGAACAUUUGGCUGCACUCGAGGGUGCGAGGGAAGAGGCUACCCUCGUUCUAAGGAACUAUUACAAGAGUGAAGAGAUGUUCUUGGAUCUGUUCGAGGACGAGUGGAGUCACAGCGGGUGUGGGGGAGCAGACACCAGCAGCCGCCCCAUGUCGGAGUCGCUGCGGGUGGAGUACUUGUUGCAGGACUCCAGCAUCCUGCUGCCUCCUACGGCCACGCCCCUCACUGGCAUCGCCCUCAACAGACGCAGGCCUUGUGGCGAGGUGGAGCGUGCGCGUCGUGCGAUGCGCGUGUUCUUCCUGGUGCGUGGUGCGUGUCUGGCCAUGCGUGGCGAGCAUGACACGCAACUGCCCCUCACGCGCCCCUCAGCCUGCGUCAGAGUCAACGACGUCCUCGACCUCAAUAACAGUGACCUGAUAGCGUGCGUGGUGAUUCCCCGUGAUGGUGAGCGGUGCCGCCGGUUCCUGGUGAUCGACGUCCUACAGCUGAUCCUGGUGGAGCCUGACCAGCGGCGGCUAGGAUGGGGGGUCGCUAAGUUUGUAGGAUUCCUACAGUACCUGGAAGUGAGUGGAGACAAGGACGACUCCCGCGUGCUCCACCUGACCAUCCACCACCCCGCCUCCGCCGCCGCCGCCUCCACCUCCUCCACCUCCAUGCGCCCCUCCACCUCCAGGGCCGCCCCCCCGCCCGCUCCCCUCCUCUCCGCUAAAUUCAUUUUCGAUGAUCACAUCCGAUGUAUGGCCGCCAAACAACGGCUGUGCAAAGGGCGCAACAAGGCCCGGCAGCGCAAGCUGCAGCAGAUCGCGCGGCUGCUGGAGCUGCCGAGCCACAUCCUGCCCUCCUGCCCCUCACCGCCCUCACAUCCCCUCUCUGCCAUGAGGCUAGAGGCACAUCACCACCACCGGCGAGGACUCAGCGGCCACCGCGGGUCUGAUGGCCGCAGCGGCCGCAGUGGCCGCGUGCCGGGCAGAGCGACCAGCCAGUCCUUCACUGGCGGACUGUCCGCAUCUCUGACGGACAGUGGCCACUACUCAGACGCGGGCCGGUCUCCGCGCCCAGCGCCGGAGGAGAUCGCGCUCGAAGACCUCCCCGCCCCGCCGACUGCGGGCGCUCAGGGAAAUCAUCCGUACCUGCGACGGCUGUAGGGAUGCUACGGCUGCUGUGUCAACACAAGACUUGUAUGGAACUCGAAAUAUACAAUGUGUGUUGUAUACAAACAUGAAUCCUGCAUCCAUCGUACGACUGUUCUCCAAACUUUUUAUGUGAUUUCUUAUACCUCAGUUGUUUGUGUGUUAUUUCGUGUUGGUUGACUGCAAUUAUA